AUGGUUGGCGUUGCUACCACUCGUGACCACAGUCAUGUCGCUCAAGCGCUGGCUGACCAUCGUCUGUCGAUGGUCGGCGCUACGGGCGCCAAGGGUCUAGUUAAGAAUGCCCGUACCCUUGCUAUUGCUGUGUUUGCUUCGAUGGGCGGUCUGAUCUACGGCUAUAACCAGGGCAUGUUUGGUCAAAUCUUGAGCAUGCACUCGUUUAGCGAGGCAAGUGGUGUCAAGGGUAUCACCAAUCCCACGCUCGCUGGUUUCAUCACUGCCAUUCUCGAACUCGGUGCUUGGGUCGGUGUGUUGAUGAAUGGCUACGUUUCCGACGCUUUCGGGCGAAGAAAAUGCGUUGUAUUCGGCGUUGUCUGGUUUAUCCUCGGUGCCAUCAUCCAAGCUUGCACUCGCGACGGCUCCUACAAUUAUAUCAUCGCUGGACGAACCAUUACCGGUGUCGGUAUCGGCUCUCUAUCGAUGAUUGUACCUCUUUACAACGCCGAGUUGGCGCCCCCAGAGAUCCGUGGCUCGCUCGUUGCCCUUCAGCAGCAGGCCAUUGUUGCCGGUGUCAUGAUCAGCUACUGGUUCACCUACGGCACCAACUACAUUGGCGGCACUGGCGCCGCCCAGAGUCGUGCAGCCUGGUUGAUUCCCAUCACUGUGCAGAUCCUCCCCGCACUCAUGCUCGCUAUCGGCAUCUUUUUCCUGCCCGAGUCGCCUCGUUGGCUGAUCAAUGUCGGACGCGAACAAGAAUCGCUCAAGGUGAUCGCCGACCUUCGCAGACUUCCCGAGAACGACCUCCUCGUUCAGCUCGAGUUCCUCGAGGUCAAGGCCCAGAAGCUCUUUGAGGAUCGUGUCUCGGCUCACGAUCACCCAGAUCUCCAGGACGGCUCCCGCUCGAGCAACUUCAAGCUCGGUGUCGCCCAGUACAAGUCGCUCGUCACCAACCCGGCCAACCUUCGACGCACGAUAGUAGCUGUCGUUACUAUGUUGUUUCAGCAGUGGUGCGGUAUAAACUUUGUGCUCUACUAUUCGCCAUUUAUCUUCAAACAGAUCGGUCUCGAGGGCAACACCAUCUCGCUUCUCGCCUCGGGGGUCGUUGGUAUCGUUCUCUUCCUCGCAACCAUACCUGCUGUGCUCUACAUCGACACCUGGGGACGCAAGCCUACGCUCUAUGUCGGAUGCGCCAUCAUGGGCGCCUGUCACUUGGCUGUGGCCAUUAUCAUUGCUACCUGCAGUGACAACUGGCCUGCUCACCGUGCUGCUGGUUGGGUUGCCUGCGUCUUCGUCUGGAUCUUUGCCGCUGGCUUCGGUUUCUCUUUCGGCCCGAUCGGCUGGAUCAUCGUUGCCGAGGUAUUCCCUCUUGGCUUGAGGGCUAAAGGUGUGUCCAUUGGUGCCGCUUCCAACUGGCUCAACAAUUUUGCGGUGGCCAUGUCGACCCCGGAUUUCAUUUCUGCCGCUCCGUACGGCGUCUUUAUCUUCCUUGGGGUUAUGUGCUUCCUUGCGAUUGCCUAUGUCAAGUUUUUUGUUCCCGAGACCAAGAUGAAGUCGCUCGAUGAGCUCGAUGCCGUCUUUGGCGACAAUUCGGGUCGAUCGAAAUGGGAAGCUGGCAUGAUGCUCCAAGCCCAGCGCGAUGUUGGCCUCCUCCGUCUAGCUGGUAUCGACGAGGGAAAGAUCAGCGCUGUUACGGCUGAUGACGCCUCUGACAAGGACGAGAAAAGCUCCGACAUCAUCACAUCGACCGUAUGA